AUGGAAGGAAAAACCCCUCGAGUUAUUGAAAAUUCCGAAGGCGGGCGUACAACACCAUCGGUGGUCGCUUUCACAAAAGAAGGUGAAAUAUUGGUCGGGAUGCCUGCUAAACGACAGGCUGUUGUUAAUCCGGAAAACACGUUCUUUGCUACAAAGCGAUUGAUCGGCCGAAAAUUUAAAGAUCAUGAGGUUCAGAGGGAUAUCGAGCACGUUCCAUACAAGAUAGUUGAGCAUUCGAAUGGCGAUGCGUGGCUAGAGGCACGCGGAAAAAGAUACAGUCCCUCUCAGAUUGGUGGCUUUGUAGUGGGAAAGAAGAAGGAAACGGCGGAGGCUUAUGUAGGAAGUUCUGUUAAGAAUGCAGUUAUAACCGUGCCCGCGUAUUUCAACGACUCUCAACGCCAGGCCACAAAAGAUGCGGGCCAAAUUGCUGGACUCAAUGUACUCCGAGUCAUAAACGAACCUACCGCGGCUGCAUUGGCUUAUGGACUUGAUAAAGUCGGCGAUAAAAUAAUUGCCGUUUAUGACUUGGGUGGUGGAACAUUUGAUAUAAGCAUUUUAGAGAUACAAAAGGGUGUAUUCGAAGUUAAAUCGACUAAUGGAAAUACUCAUUUGGGCGGCGAAGAUUUCGAUUCUACCUUGGUCAAGUAUAUCACUGAUCAAUUCAAAAAAGAUCAAGGAAUCGAUCUGACUCAGGAUCGAAUAGCAAUUCAACGCGUCCGUGAGGCAGCCGAGAAGGCCAAGAUUGAAUUAUCAUCCACCCUGCAGACAGAUAUAAACCUUCCUUAUAUUACCGCUGAUGCCACCGGACCAAAACACAUCAACAUGAAACUGAGUCGAGCCACACUUGAAUCAUUAACAAAAGACCUUGUCGAAAAAACGGUCGAUCCUUGCAAGAAAGCCUUGAGGGAUGCCAACAUUGAUGCUAAAGAAAUUGGUGAAGUUAUACUUGUCGGGGGUAUGACUCGCAUGCCUUUAGUUAAUGAAACGGUGAAAUCAAUAUUUAAACGCGAACCCACCAAAAGUGUAAAUCCGGAUGAAGCUGUGGCCAUAGGGGCAGCGAUACAAGGAGGUGUACUGGCAGGCGAAGUUACCGACAUUUUACUUCUAGAUGUUACACCAUUGUCCCUUGGUAUUGAGACACUUGGCGGAGUGUUUUCACGACUUAUCAAUAGGAACACCACCAUCCCAACCAAGAAAUCGCAGGUAUUCUCAACGGCUGCUGAUGGUCAGACGAAAGUGGAUAUUAAGGUGUACCAAGGUGAACGAGAAUUGGUUCACGAUAAUAAGUUGCUCGGUAAUUUUCAACUGGGAGGCAUUCCGCCUUUACCCAAGGGCGUCCCACAGAUUGAGGUCACGUUUGACAUCGAUGCAGAUGGUAUCGUGAAUGUGGCGGCACGAGAUACUGCGACAGGAAAGGAUCAAUCUAUCACUAUUGCUGCCUCGUCUGGAUUGAGCAAGGAUGAGAUUGAAAAUAUGAUUUUCGAAGCCGAACGUCACGCCGAGGCCGAUCGUGAAAAGAAAGAAACUAUAGAAGCAUCUAAUCGUGCAGAGAAUACAAUUAGCGACAUUGAAAAGAGCAUGAAUGAGUUCAAAGAACAAUUGGAUCAGACAGAGGCUGCAAAUAUCAAAUCACGGAUCCAAUCCUUACAAGAAUUGUUGACUAAGGUACAGUCCGGCGAAUCCAUCAAGGUCGACGAGAUCAACAAGGAGAUCAACGAGUUGCAAAAUGCAAGCUUGAAGUUGUUCGAGAUGGUGUACAAAAAGAAGGAAGCUGAGAAUCGCUCCAGUGGCGGUGAUGGUGGUUCGGACAGCGGCGGUUCAAGACCCGAAUAA